CGUGACACAGCGGUCAGUUAGUCUGGGUGUUGUUGCUGCUUUCCGUUCAUUUGGAGCUGGUGGUGACGGAUCAUAGGCGGAUCUCAGCAUGUCCGAAAGUGGAGGAGGAGGAGGUGGUGGUGAGGACGGCACCACCGGCCUGGAAGUGACAGUGCAAAAUGUGGCCGACGUGUCGCUUUUGCAGAAACACAUUCGCAAACUGGUGCCGUUGCUGCUGGAAGAUGGCGGCGAGGCGCCGGCUGCCCUGGAGGCGGCCUUCGAGGAGAAGAGUGCGCUGGAGCAGAUGAAAAAAUUCCUCUCCGACCCCCAGAUGCACACGGUGCUGGUGGAGAGGACCACUCUGAAAGAGGAUGUUGGAGAUGAAGGGGAAGAGGAGAAGGAGCACAUAGCUUACAACAUCAACACUGACAUACAUUAUGGACUGAAGUCUAACAGUUUGGCCUUCAUAAAGCGUACUCCAGUUAUUGAUGCAGAUAAACCAAUUUCAUCUCAGCUGCGUGUUAUAACGCUUAGUGAAGAUUCUCCAUAUGAAACAUUGCAUUCAAUUAUUAGCAAUGCAGUGGCUCCAUUCUUCAAGUCCUACAUUAGAGAGUCUGGCAAGGCUGACAGAGAUGGAGACAAAAUGGCUCCAUCUGUUGAGAAGAAGAUUGCAGAGCUGGAAAUGGGACUACUUCAUCUACAGCAGAAUAUUGAAAUCCCAGAGAUUAGCCUUCCAAUCCAUCCAGUCAUAACCAAUUUAGCCAAACAGUGCUAUGAACGUGGAGAGAAACCCAAAGUCACUGAUUUUGGUGAUAAAGUGGAGGAUCCAACCUUCCUCAACCAACUGCAGUCUGGUGUAAACCGUUGGAUUAGAGAAAUCCAAAAGGUGACCAAGCUUGACCGUGAUCCUGCCUCAGGGACUGCUCUACAAGAAAUCAGUUUCUGGUUGAAUCUGGAGAGAGCCCUCUAUCGCAUUCAAGAGAAACGAGAAAGUGGAGAAGUGUUGCUGACUUUGGAAAUUCUCAAACAUGGCAAACGUUUCCAUGCUACAGUUAGCUUUGAUACUGAUACUGGACUUAAGCAGGCAUUGGAAACAGUAAAUGACUACAACCCCUUGAUGAAGGAUUUUCCUCUGAAUGAUUUGCUGUCUGCAACUGAACUGGAUAAAAUCAGACAGGCACUAGUUGCAAUCUUCACUCACUUGCGAAAAAUAAGAAACACAAAAUAUCCUAUUCAACGAGCAUUGAGAUUGGUGGAAGCAAUUUCAAGAGACCUCAGCUCUCAGUUGCUUAAAGUCUUGGGAACCCGAAAGUUGAUGCAUGUUGCUUAUGAAGAAUUUGAAAAGGUCAUGGUGGCAUGUUUUGAAGUGUUCCAGACUUGGGAUGAUGAGUAUGAGAAGCUUCAAGUUUUGCUUCGUGAUAUAGUUAAACGAAAGCGAGAAGAAAAUCUUAAGAUGGUGUGGCGUAUCAAUCCUGCUCAUCGUAGACUGCAGGCCCGUCUUGAUCAGAUGAGAAAAUUCAGGCGACAACAUGAGCAGCUAAGGGCUGUUAUUGUCCGUGUGCUUAGACCUCAGGUGACUGCAGUUGCUCAACAGUCCCAGGGAGAAGGCCCAGAACCCCAGGACAUGAAAGUAGCAGAAGUUCUAUUUGAUGCAGCAGAUGCAAAUGCCAUUGAAGAGGUGAAUCUUGCUUAUGAAAAUGUCAAGGAAGUUGAUGGGUUGGAUGUUUCCAAAGAAGGAACUGAAGCUUGGGAAGCAGCGCUGAAGCGCUACGAUGAACGAAUUGACAGAGUUGAAACACGUAUUACGGCCCGUCUAAGAGAUCAGCUUGGCACUGCAAAAAAUGCCAAUGAAAUGUUCAGAAUAUUUUCCAGAUUUAACGCUCUGUUUGUUCGUCCUCACAUUCGAGGUGCUAUUCGUGAAUACCAAACGCAACUCAUUCAACGUGUGAAAGAUGAUAUUGAAGCCUUGCAUGACAAGUUCAAGGUGCAGUACCCACAAAGUCAAGCUUGUAAAAUGAGUCAUGUCCGUGACUUACCUCCUGUUUCGGGAUCUAUAAUUUGGGCAAAGCAGAUUGAUAGACAGCUUACUGCCUACAUGAAGCGUGUAGAAGAUGUUCUUGGUAAGGGCUGGGAGAACCAUGUAGAAGGGCAGAAACUGAAACAAGAUGGUGACAGUUUUCGUAUGAAGCUCAACACACAAGAAAUAUUUGAUGACUGGGCACGAAAGGUCCAGCAGCGUAAUCUUGGAGUGUCUGGUCGUAUCUUCACUAUAGAAAGCACACGUGCUCGUGGACGUAGUGGGAAUGUUCUGAAAUUGAAAGUAAACUUCCUACCUGAGAUUAUUACACUUUCCAAAGAAGUUCGCAAUCUUAAAUGGCUUGGAUUCCGUGUUCCACUUGCAAUUGUCAAUAAAGCUCACCAAGCUAAUCAGCUCUAUCCAUUUGCUAUUUCAUUGAUUGAAAGUGUUCGUACCUAUGAAAGAACAUGUGAGAAGGUCGAAGAACGGAUUUCAAUUUCUCUGUUGGUUGCUGGCCUGAAAAGAGAGGUGCAGGGAUUGAUAGCUGAAGGAAUUGCGUUGGUCUGGGAAUCCUACAAAUUAGACCCUUACGUACAGCGUUUGGCAGAGAGUGUUUUCAGCUUUCAGGAAAAGGUGGAUGAUCUUCUCAUUAUCGAAGAGAAGAUUGACCUUGAAGUUCGUUCUUUGGAAACCUGCGUAUAUGACCAGAAAGUAUUUUCUGAAAUCCUGAACCGUAUCCAGAAAGCAGUUGAUGAUUUGAACCUCCAUUCCUAUUCCAACUUGCCAAUCUGGGUCAACAAGCUGGAUAUUGAGAUUGAAAGGAUCUUGGGAGUUCGUUUACAAGCUGGAUUGAGAGCAUGGACACAAGUUUUGUUUGGACAGGCUGAUGACAAAGCUGAUGUAGACAUGGAUACAGAUGCCCCACAAACCAGCCAUAAACCAGGAGGUGACCCAAAAAUCAGAAACAUAGUACAUGAACUUCACAUCACAAAUCAGGUCAUUUAUUUGCAUCCACCAAUCGAAGACUGUAGAUACAAGUUAUACCAAGAGCUGUUUAGCUGGAAGAUGAUUAUUCUAACACUCCCUAGAAUACAGAGUCAACGAUAUCAGGUUGGCUUUCAGUAUGAACUGUCUGAAGAAGAGAAAUUUUACCGGAAUGCACUCACAAGAAUGCCAGAUGGACCAGCUGCUUUGGAAGAAGCUCAUGAAGCUGUAAUGGGAAUUGUCAGAGAAGUUGAAAAGUAUGUCAAGGUUUGGCUUCAGUACCAGUGUUUGUGGGAUAUGCAACCUGAAAAUAUCUAUAACCGCCUGGAAGAUGAUCUGAACAAAUGGCAAGCUCUGCUUGUGCAAAUCAGAAAGGCCAGAGGAACCUUUGACAAUGCAGAAACUAGAAAGGAAUUUGGGCCUGUUGUCAUUGAUUAUGGAAAGGUGCAGUCAAAGGUCAAUUUAAAAUAUGAUUCUUGGCAUAAGGAGGUUCUUAGCAAAUUUGGACAGAUGCUUGGUCAGAAUAUGCAGGAGUUCCAUUCUCAGAUUUCUAAGUCUCGUCAAGAGUUGGAGCAGCACUCAGUUGAUACUGCUAGUACUUCUGAUGCUGUGACCUUCAUAACCUAUGUGCAGUCUUUGAAGCGCAAGAUCAAGCAGUUUGAGAAACAAGUAGAUCUUUAUCGCAAUGGCCAACGUUUACUGGAAAAACAGCGGUUCCAAUUUCCUCCAUCUUGGCUUUACAUUGAUAAUAUUGAGGGAGAAUGGGGCGCUUUCAAUGACAUCAUGCGUAGGAAGGACAGUGCUAUUCAGCAGCAAGUGGCUAAUCUGCAAAUGAAGAUUGUUCAAGAGGAUCGUGCUGUAGAAAGUCGUACUACUGAUCUCUUGGGUGAAUGGGAGAAAACCAAACCUGUGGCGGGGAAUCUUCGUCCAGAGGAUGCCCUGCAAGCACUCACGAUCUACGAAGGAAAAUUUGGUCGUCUGAAAGAUGAUCGUGAAAAAUGUGCAAAGGCUAAAGAGGCUUUGGAGCUGACUGAUACAGGAUUGCUCAGCGGAAGUGAAGAACGAGUACAAGUUGCUUUGGAAGAACUGCAGGAUCUCAAAGGAGUCUGGUCUGAGCUGUCCAAAGUCUGGGAACAAAUUGAUCAACUGAAAGAACAACCAUGGGUUUCCGUGCAGCCACGCAAACUUCGUCAGAACUUGGAUGGGUUACUGAACCAACUGAAGAAUUUCCCAGCUCGCCUGCGCCAAUAUGCGUCAUACGAGUUUGUACAGAGACUUCUGAAGGGCUACAUGAAGAUUAACAUGUUGGUGAUCGAAUUAAAGUCUGAGGCAUUGAAGGAUCGUCACUGGAAGCAGCUGAUGAAACGCCUCCAUGUUAACUGGGUAGUGUCUGAAUUAACACUGGGCCAGAUAUGGGAUGUUGACUUGCAAAAAAAUGAGGCCAUUGUUAAGGAUGUAUUACUUGUAGCCCAGGGAGAAAUGGCUUUGGAGGAAUUCCUGAAGCAGAUUAGAGAGAUGUGGAACUCUUACGAAUUGGAUUUGGUGAACUAUCAAAACAAAUGUAGAUUGAUCCGUGGCUGGGACGACCUGUUUAACAAGGUGAAAGAGCACAUUAACAGUGUAUCGGCCAUGAAGCUAUCCCCUUACUACAAGGUCUUUGAAGAGGAUGCAUUGAGCUGGGAAGAUAAGCUAAAUCGUAUAAUGGCCCUCUUUGAUGUAUGGAUUGAUGUUCAGCGUCGCUGGGUUUACCUUGAAGGAAUCUUUACAGGAAGUGCUGACAUUAAACAUUUGCUGCCUGUGGAAACUCAAAGAUUCCAGAGCAUCAGCACAGAGUUCCUUGCACUCAUGAAGAAAGUGACCAAAUCUCCCCUCGUCAUGGAUGUUUUGAAUAUCCCUGGAGUGCAGCGGUCGUUGGAACGAUUGGCAGAUCUGUUGGGCAAGAUACAGAAGGCUUUAGGAGAAUACUUAGAGAGAGAACGCUCAUCCUUUCCUCGGUUUUAUUUUGUUGGUGAUGAGGACUUGCUGGAAAUUAUUGGCAACAGUAAGAAUGUGGCUAAAUUGCAGAAGCACUUUAAGAAGAUGUUUGCUGGUGUUUCUAGUAUCAUUCUCAAUGAAGAUGCUACUGUUGUCUUGGGAAUUGCAUCACGUGAGGGAGAAGAGGUGCUUUUUAAGACUCCUGUUUCAAUCACCGAGCACCCUAAGAUUAAUGAGUGGCUAACCUUGGUGGAGAAGGAAAUGAGGGUUACCUUGGCCAAGUUGCUCGCUGAAUCGGUCACUGAAGUUGGAAUCUUUGGUCAAGGCACUUCAAUUGAUGCUGCCGACUAUAUUUCCUGGAUAGAUAAAUACCAGGCCCAGCUUGUUGUCCUUUCAGCUCAGAUAUCAUGGUCAGAAAAUGUGGAAAAUGCCCUGAAUAAUGGAGCAAGUGGUGGUCAGUCCCCACUCGCACCAGUCCUAGUUAAUGUGGAAGCUACUUUGACUGUGUUAGCAGAUUCUGUGUUGAUGGAACAACCAGCACUUCGUAGGAGGAAACUUGAACACUUGAUCACUGAAUUAGUACAUCAGAGAGAUGUCACGAGAAUGCUGAUCAAGAACAAAGUAGAUCAACCUAAAUCUUUUGACUGGCUCAGUCAAAUGCGAUUCUACUUUGAUCCCAAGCAAACUGAUGUUUUACAGCAGCUAUCCAUACAAAUGGCUAAUGCAAAAUUCAACUAUGGUUUUGAGUACCUCGGUGUUCAAGAUAAACUUGUACAAACUCCUCUUACAGACCGUUGUUACUUGACUAUGACACAGGCUUUGGAAGCUCGCCUUGGUGGUUCUCCGUUUGGUCCUGCUGGUACUGGCAAAACUGAAUCGGUCAAGGCACUUGGACAUCAACUUGGACGCUUUGUUCUCGUCUUCAACUGUGAUGAGACCUUUGAUUUCCAGGCCAUGGGUCGAAUAUUUGUAGGUCUCUGCCAGGUGGGAGCUUGGGGCUGUUUUGAUGAAUUCAAUCGCCUUGAAGAACGUAUGCUAUCGGCUGUAUCCCAGCAAAUACAGUGCAUACAGGAAGCACUCCGUGAACACUCUAAUCCCAGCCGUGACCGAAGUUCUCCUACAAUCACAUGUGAGCUACUGAACAAACAAGUGAAAGUCAGAGCAGAUAUGGCUAUUUUCAUUACUAUGAAUCCAGGCUAUGCUGGACGUUCCAACCUACCAGACAACUUGAAAAAACUCUUCCGUAGUCUGGCAAUGACAAAACCUGAUCGUCAACUUAUUGCACAGGUUAUGUUGUACUCUCAAGGGUUCCGAACAGCUGAAACCCUUGCAAACAAGAUUGUUCCAUUCUUCAAGCUUUGUGAUGAACAGCUGUCAUCUCAGAGUCACUAUGAUUUUGGUCUUCGUGCCCUGAAGAGUGUACUAGUAAGUGCAGGGAAUGUGAAGCGAGAGAGGAUUCAGAAGAUAAAGAAAGAGAAAGGAGAACGUGGUGAAGAUGUUGAUGAGGCAGAAAUUGCAGAGAAUCUACCUGAGCAAGAGAUUCUAAUCCAAAGUGUCUGUGAGACGAUGGUUCCCAAGCUGGUUGCAGAAGAUAUCCCAUUGCUUUUUAGUCUUUUGUCUGAUGUAUUCCCUGGAGUACAGUACCAUCGUGGAGCAAUGACUAAACUGCGUGAGGAGCUGAAGAAGGUUUGUCAAGAAAUGUACCUAACUUAUGGUGAUGGUGAAGAUGUUGGUGGAAUGUGGGUUGAAAAGGUACUUCAGUUAUAUCAGAUCUCUCAAAUCAAUCAUGGUUUGAUGAUGGUGGGACCGUCAGGCAGUGGAAAGAGUAUGGCCUGGCGAGUUUUACUAAAGGCCCUUGAACAGCUUGAGGGAGUGGAAGGAGUUGCUCACAUCAUUGAUCCAAAAGCUAUAAGCAAAGACCAUUUAUAUGGAACAUUAGACCCAAAUACCAGAGAAUGGACUGAUGGACUGUUUACACAUGUUCUUAGAAAGAUUAUUGACAAUGUACGAGGUGAACUGCAGAAACGUCAGUGGAUCAUCUUUGAUGGUGAUGUGGAUCCUGAAUGGGUAGAAAAUUUGAAUUCGGUUCUUGAUGAUAACAAAUUGCUUACCCUUCCCAAUGGAGAGCGUCUCAGCCUUCCAUCAAAUGUGCGAAUUAUGUUUGAAGUCCAAGACUUGAAAUAUGCUACAUUGGCCACUGUAUCCAGAUGUGGGAUGGUAUGGUUUAGCGAGGAUGUUCUCAGUACUGAUAUGAUCUUCAACAACUUCUUAGCUAGACUACGUAAUAUUCCUCUGGAUGAGGGAGAGGAAGAGGCCCAACGUCGACGCAAAGGUAAAGAGGAUGAGGAACAAGAAGCUGCUUCCCCAAUGCUUCAGAUACAGAGAGAUGCAGCAACUGUUUUACAGCCAUACUUCACUUCAAAUGGCUUGAUUAUCAAAGCAGUAGAGCAUGCUGCCAAGAUGGAACACAUUAUGGACUUUACCCGAUUGCGAUGUCUUGGUUCCCUCUUCUCUAUGAUGCACCAAGGUUGCAGGAAUAUUGCACUAUACAAUGCUAAUCAUCCUGAUUUUCCAAUGCCAAAUGACCAGUUGGAACGAUACAUCCAGAAAUACUUAAUUUAUGCCAUUCUGUGGUCACUUUCGGGUGAUGCACGGUUGAAGAUGAGAGCAGAACUUGGUGAAUACAUAAGACGAAUUACCACCAUUCCACUGCCAAGCACACCUAACAUGCCUAUCAUUGACUUUGAGGUAUCUAUUACUGGAGAGUGGGUUCCUUGGCAGUCCAAGGUACCUCAGAUUGAAGUGGAGACUCACAAAGUUGCUGCGCCAGACGUCGUUGUGCCAACUCUGGAUACGGUCCGUCAUGAAGCCCUUCUGUACACAUGGUUGGCUGAACAUAAACCUUUAGUUUUAUGUGGCCCACCUGGAUCUGGCAAGACUAUGACUCUAUUCAGUGCACUAAGAGCUCUACCAGAUAUGGAGGUUGUGGGUCUGAACUUCUCCAGUGCAACAACACCCGAGCUAGUUCUGAAAACAUUUGAUCACUACUGUGAAUAUCGUCGGACACCGAAUGGAGUUGUAUUAGCGCCUGUGCAGCUCGGCAAAUGGCUUGUGCUUUUCUGUGAUGAAAUCAAUCUUCCAGACAUGGACAAAUAUGGCACUCAAAGAGUUAUAUCCUUCAUUCGACAGAUGGUAGAGCAUGGAGGUUUCUUCCGUACUUCAGAUCAGACUUGGGUUAAACUGGAAAGAAUCCAAUUUGUUGGAGCUUGCAAUCCAUCUACUGACCCAGGAAGAAAGCCGCUUUCUCAUAGGUUUCUACGCCACGUACCUGUUGUGUAUGUGGACUAUCCAGGACCAGCAUCUCUCACUCAGAUUUACGGCACAUUCAACCGUGCUAUGCUUAGACUCAUUCCAUCCUUGCGGACAUAUGCCGACCCGCUUACAGCAGCUAUGGUGGAAUUCUACAUGAUGUCACAGGAACGUUUCACCCAAGACAUACAGCCACAUUAUAUUUACUCCCCUCGUGAAAUGACACGUUGGGUGAGAGGAAUCUUUGAGGCUUUAAGGCCCUUAGAAACAUUGGCAGUUGAAGGGUUGAUUAGGAUCUGGGCCCAUGAGGCUCUGCGCUUGUUCCAAGACAGACUUGUGGAGGAUGAGGAAAGACAAUGGACAGAUGAGAACAUUGACGUGGUGGCCCUCAAGCAUUUCCCUAAUAUUGAUAAAGACAAGGCUUUAAUCAGACCCAUUUUGUAUAGCAACUGGCUAUCCAAGGAUUAUAUACCAGUCGAUCAAGAAGAACUAAGAGACUAUGUCAAGGCAAGGCUCAAAGUUUUCUAUGAGGAGGAGCUAGAUGUACCCUUGGUGUUAUUUAAUGAAGUAUUGGACCAUGUGUUGAGAAUUGACAGGAUAUUCCGGCAACCGCAAGGCCAUUUGCUGCUUAUUGGAGUUAGUGGUGCAGGAAAAACAACACUGUCUCGUUUUGUUGCCUGGAUGAAUGGCCUUAGUGUUUAUCAGAUUAAGGUUCAUAGAAAAUACACAGGUGAGGAUUUCGAUGAGGAUCUGAGAACAGUGUUGAGACGCUCAGGUUGCAAAAACGAGAAGAUUGCUUUCAUUAUGGAUGAGUCCAAUGUACUUGAUUCGAGCUUUUUGGAACGUAUGAAUACAUUGUUAGCCAAUGGGGAGGUGCCUGGGCUGUUUGAAGGAGAUGAGUAUGCUACCUUAAUGACUCAAUGCAAAGAAGGUGCUCAGAAGGAAGGUUUAAUGCUUGACACUCAUGAGGAACUGUACAAGUGGUUCACAGGUCAGGUUAUCCGCAACUUGCAUGUUGUUUUCACCAUGAAUCCAUCAUCUGAAGGCUUGAAAGAUAGAGCUGCAACUUCUCCAGCUUUGUUUAACAGGUGUGUCUUGAACUGGUUUGGCGACUGGUCCACUGAAGCCUUGUACCAAGUUGGUAAAGAGUUCACCAGCAAAAUGGACCUUGAAAAACCCAAUUACGUUGUCCCUGACUACAUGCCAAUUGCAUAUGAUAAGCUUCCUCAACCACCAUCUCACAGAGAAGCUAUUGUUAACAGUUGUGUUUUUGUUCAUCUGACGUUGCAUCAGGCAAAUACUCGAUUGGCCAAGCGUGGGGGCAGAAUAAUGGCAAUCACUCCUCGCCAUUAUCUGGACUUCAUUAACCACUAUGCCAACAUGUUCAAUGAAAAGCGUAGUGAACUGGAAGAGCAGCAGAUGCAUUUAAAUGUUGGUCUGAGAAAGAUUAAGGAAACAGUUGACCAGGUUGAAGAAUUACGGCGUGAUCUGAGAAUUAAAAGCCAAGAACUGGAGGUUAAAAAUGCAGCAGCCAAUGAUAAGUUGAAGAAAAUGGUGAAGGAUCAACAAGAAGCAGAAAAGAAGAAGGUUAUGAGCCAGGAAAUUCAGGAGCAGCUUCACAAACAACAAGAAAUAAUUGCUGACAAGCAGAUGAAAGUAAAGGAAGAUCUGGAUAUGGUAGAGCCAGCUGUUAUUGAGGCUCAGAAUGCUGUAAAAUCGAUCAAGAAGCAGCACUUGGUAGAGGUUCGUUCAAUGGCUAAUCCGCCAGGUGCAGUGAAGCUAGCACUCGAGUCAAUCUGUCUUCUCCUGGGCGAAAGUACAACUGACUGGAAACAAAUCCGUUCGAUCAUUAUGAGGGAAAACUUCAUACCGACCAUAGUAAAUUUUUCAGCUGACGAAAUCAGUGAUGUUAUCCGAGAGAAGAUGAAGAAAAACUACAUGUCCAAUCCAAGCUACAACUAUGAAAUAGUCAACAGAGCAUCUUUGGCUUGUGGUCCAAUGGUGAAGUGGGCAAUUGCACAACUUAAUUAUGCUGAUAUGUUAAAACGAGUUGAACCCUUGCGCAAUGAACUACAAAAGCUGGAAGAUGAUGCAAAAGAGAACCAGCAGAAGGCUGAUGAGGUUGAGCAAAUGAUCCGUGACCUGGAAACCAGUAUUGCUCGUUACAAGGAAGAGUAUGCUAUUCUGAUAUCUGAAGCCCAAGCUAUUAAAGCUGAUCUUGCAGCAGUAGAAGCGAAGGUUAACCGAAGUACUGCACUACUGAAGAGUUUGUCUGCUGAACGAGAUCGCUGGGAAAAGACCAGUGAGACUUUCAAGAAUCAGAUGGCCACUAUAGCUGGAGACUGUUUACUAUCAGCUGCUUUCAUCGCUUAUGCAGGAUACUUUGAUCAGCAAAUGCGCCAAAAUCUAUUUACAACUUGGGCACAUCACCUACAACAAGCAAGCAUUCUGUUCCGUACAGACAUUGCGAGAACAGAGUAUCUAUCUAAUGCUGAUGAGCGUCUGCGCUGGCAAGCAAAUUCUCUACCUGCUGAUGACUUGUGCACAGAAAAUGCCAUCAUGUUGAAGCGUUUCAAUAGGUACCCAUUAAUUAUUGACCCGUCUGGUCAGGCCACUGAGUUUAUAAUGAAUGAAUACAAGGAACGCAAGAUUACUAGAACCAGCUUCUUGGAUGAUGCCUUUAGGAAGAACCUAGAGAGUGCAUUGAGAUUUGGUAAUCCACUACUUGUCCAGGACGUUGAAAGUUAUGAUCCAAUCUUGAACCCUGUGCUGAAUCGUGAAGUUCGCAGGACAGGGGGUAGAGUACUUAUUACUCUUGGUGAUCAAGAUAUUGACCUUUCACCAUCGUUUGUCAUUUUCCUCUCCACCCGAGACCCAACAGUUGAAUUUCCACCAGAUCUGUGCUCUCGUGUUACAUUUGUUAACUUCACAGUGACCCGUAGCAGCUUACAAAGCCAAUGUCUAAAUGAAGUGCUGAAGGCUGAGAGACCAGAUGUAGAUGAGAAACGUUCAGACUUGUUGAAAUUGCAAGGUGAGUUCCAACUUCGCUUACGCCAACUGGAAAAGUCUUUACUGCAAGCUUUGAAUGAAGUUAAAGGUCGUAUCUUGGAUGAUGACACAAUUAUCACUACGCUGGAGAACCUGAAAAGGGAGGCAGCAGAAGUCACAAGGAAGGUUGAAGAAACAGACAUUGUUAUGGCAGAAGUGGAUGCUGUCUCCCAACAGUACUUGCCACUUUCUACAGCAUGUAGUAGCAUCUAUUUCACUAUGGAAGCAUUAAACCAGAUUCACUUCCUAUAUCAGUACUCUCUUCAGUUCUUCCUGGAUAUUUAUCACACUGUUCUGUAUGAGAACCAGAAUCUGAAAGGAGUUACAGAUCAUACACAACGAUUGUCUAUCAUUACCAAGGACCUUUUCCAGGGAACAUUUAACAGAGUUGCACGUGGUAUGGUGCACAAUGAUCAUAUCACCAUUGCAAUGCUGCUCGCUAAGAUUCGCCUCAAGGGCCUCACCAGUGAACCUUCAUAUGACUUGGAGUUUCACCACUUCCUUCGUGGUCGAGAGAUUGUCCUGAAUGGUUCUUCUGUGCCUAAGAUAGAUUGCCUCACAACAGAACAAAUAGAAGGCAUGGAGAGACUGAGUCGUUUACCUGUCUUUUUUGAUUUAAUUUCCAAAGUUCAAGUGGACAAUCAAUUUAACAUCUGGCUAGAGAGUAGUUCACCUGAACAAACUGUGCCUUACCUGUGGACUAGUGAGCAACCUUUAACUCCUAUUGGGCAGGCUAUGCACCGACUACUGCUUAUCCAGGCUUUUCGACCAGACCGCCUCUUGGCAAUGGCUCAUAUUUUUGUGGCCACUGUUUUGGGAGACAGUUUCAUGUCAACUAUUGAACAGCCAUUAGACCUGGCAGCAAUUGUCGAGACGGAGGUGAAACCAAACACUCCGGUGCUUAUGUGCUCUGUACCUGGCUAUGAUGCUAGUGGACGUGGAGAGGAUCUUGCAGCUGAACAAAACACUCAGAUUACAUCUAUUGCUAUUGGUUCUGCAGAGGGUUUCAACCAGGCAGAGAAAGCUAUUAAUACCGCUGUCAAAUCUGGAAGGUGGGUGAUGUUGAAAAAUGUACAUUUAGCCCCUGGUUGGCUCAUGCAAUUGGAGAAAAAGCUGCAUUCCUUACAACCCCAUUCUAAUUUCCGUCUCUUCCUUACUAUGGAAAUCAACCCUAAGGUUCCAGUGAACUUGUUACGAGCUGGGCGUAUAUUUGUAUUUGAGCCCCCACCUGGUGUGAAGGCAAAUAUGCUGAGGACCUUCAGUAGUAUACCAGUUUCAAGGAUGUGCAAAUCACCAAACGAGCGUGCACGCCUGUACUUCCUUCUGGGUUGGUUCCAUGCCAUUAUACAGGAACGUCUGCGAUAUGCUCCUCUGGGCUGGUCCAAGAAGUAUGAGUUUGGUGAAUCUGAUUUAAGAUCUGCUUGUGAUACUGUGGACACCUGGUUGGAUGAUACAGCAAAGGGACGCCAGAAUAUUUCACCUGAUAAAAUUCCUUGGGCAGCUUUGAAAACCCUGAUGGCACAGUCCAUAUAUGGUGGGCGUAUUGAUAACGAAUUCGAUCAGCGGUUGUUGAACUCCUUCUUGGAGCGUCUUUUUACGACUGCUAGCUUUGACAGCGAAUUUAAGUUGGCAUGUAAGGUUGAUGGACAUAAGGAUAUUCUAAUGCCAGAUGGCAUCAGACGAGAGGAGUUCAUCCAGUGGGUUGAGCUGCUUCCCGACGCUCAGACGCCAUCUUGGCUAGGUUUACCGAACAAUGCUGAAAAAGUGCUUCUAACUACUCAGGGCACUGAUAUGCUCAGCAAAAUGCUGAAAAUGCAGAUGCUGGAGGAUGAGGAUGAUCUAGCUUAUGCAGAGACAGAGAAGAAGCAGCGGACUGGUUCUACUUCAGACGGACGGCCAAUUUGGAUGCGAACGCUUCAUACCACAGCAUGCAAUUGGCUCCAACUUAUUCCUAAGUCACUCAACCAUCUUAAACGCACUGUCGACAAUAUUAAGGAUCCGUUGUUUAGAUUCUUUGAAAGAGAGGUUAAGAGUGGUGCAAAGUUAUUGCAAGAUAUUCGCCAAGAUCUAGCUGAUGUAGUACAAGUAUGUGAAGGAAAAAAGAAACAGACCAACUAUCUGCGUACACUGAUCAGUGAGAUGGUAAAAGGCAUCUUGCCUCGUAGCUGGGUCCGCUAUACAAUUCCUGCAGAUGUGACGGUUAUUCAGUGGGUAUCUGACUUCAGUGAACGUAUAAAGCAACUGCAACAGAUAUCUCAGGCAGCAUCCACUGGUGGAGCUAAGGAACUUAAGAAUAUCCAUGUUUGCUUGGGUGGCUUGUAUGUGCCAGAGGCUUAUAUUACAGCAACAAGACAAUACGUGGCUCAGGCGAACAGUUGGUCAUUGGAGGAACUUCGACUCGAAGUCACGGUCACAAAUAACCAGAAUGCUGUAUUGGAUGCUUGCAGUUUUGGUAUAACCGGCCUUACACUUCAGGGUGCCACUUGUCAUAACAACAAGCUGUCUUUGUCCAAUUCAAUAUCCACUGAACUGCCUCUCACACAACUUCGGUGGGUUAAGGAGACCAACGCAGAAAGGAAAGCUAAUGUGGUAACACUUCCAGUGUAUCUGAACUUCACUCGUGCUGACCUGAUCUUCACUGUUGACUUUGAAAUUGCUACGAAGGAAGACUCUCGCAGCUUUUAUGAGCGUGGUGUUGCACUUCUGUGCACAGAAUAAAUAGAAAUUUUUGCUUGAAACAUAUUACAUACUUGCACGUGUUGUUUAGAACUGAAUUGUAGUAAUCCUUUCAAAGUAAUGAACAAUUUUAUUUGUGUUCCAUAAACAAGAUGGCAUGGCUACUGAGAGUUGGAAAAUGUAUUUUAAUUGGUUUUACAGAUAAUAAAAUUAUGCAUCAUG